AUGUGGACUGAAAGCUUUGCGGCCAUUCCCCUACGUAAUAGCGGCCCCACGGCCACUUCGGGGAAGGAAUUCUCUCCUUCUGGAGAGGAAAUAAUCGCGUCGCCUCGGGGAGGAUCUCCUUUUGGAUCCCAUGAGAUGCCUGUCCUCACCGUCCUCAUCGGACUGUUGUACUUAAGUCACGUUGAAGCCCAGCCGGCAUGGGUGAGGGAGGACCUGAUGGGAAACUGUUACUUCAACUGGACCGUCCGGGACCGAUUCCAGCGCAUGCCCAUGACCAUGGGCAACCUAAUCGGCCUCAUCAAGAAGGUGGAACGGCAACCCAUUGCGUAUUACUGGGAUGUCUACACCAUGGCAGCUAACCUACUUAGAAGAUUUCAGAUUGAUGGAUUGCAGUUUCUGCCCUUGAACCUCGGUGGAAGCAUCAUCUCAGGCUCAUCGGGGAACUCGAAGUCGGACCUGUUCUGGAGAAUGAGUCCCAUCGGAACGGCCGAAGACUUCCCGGAAGACUCGCUCACAGUCGAAGAGAAGUGCGCGCUGCACUGGAUGCUUUCGCACAGCCUGAACGACACGAGGCGGCCCGAGGAGGUUGAAGGCUGUCACGAUCGGGAUGGAAGACACAAGCGCCAUGCGAAAGGUCGCAAUACCACCCCAGACUACGAGAAGAGCCUCCACCCGCUGGAAUACGGCGUGAUCUACACGGACUACGGAACGGUGGCCGCCGGGCAAGUCCUCAUGGGUCUCGCCGUCAGGGACAGGGUCGCCAAUGUCAAAGUGGCCGACCUCUUCCGUGACGAGAGCGAAAUUGUCAAGUACCUCAAUUCUGAAGGACAUAGAGGUAGCCAGGGAUCGCAGAGCAUCACGGCCUACUACGCUGCUACCAUCGCCGGUGAUUUGGCAGAGGCAGCCGCGUACGACGCCGCGUCGGCGAACGGCUCGCAACAACUGAUCGGCCCAUCGGGCACGUGGAACUCCCUCACGCGGAUGGGGGAACAAGAGCAGGUGAAUGGGACCUCCUCGUGCAGGCUCUACCCAUCGGAGUACGCCCUGGCCGACGAGAUGGACCUUGUCUCCCAUGCCACGCACGCGGAACUCCACGGAGGCAUCGACGGGCUGUUGCUGGCAGUAAGGAUCAAGGACUGGAAUAGUUGCUCCUUGAAGCUAUCGCAGAUCCUGGAAAUGUACUAUUCCGACCGAGGAGUCUCCCUCAACACGGAUCGCGUCUUUGGAGCCUGCAACCGAUUCAAUCUCAUCGAAGCCUAUAGGGCAGAAUUGAGCAGUCAGACGCAUGUCAUGGCGUAUGCUCUCUACCUGGAGUCUUUCGGUCUCCUCCCUCCGCCACGGGGAUCCUCCAUCAUAUCCAGAAUCAAUGAGUCAGUCCAGAAAGUUUUUCUGCAGUACUGGGAGUUCGUUCAGCAAAGCAAGGCUACGUCCUGCAGAACGAUGUGCCGGGAUAGCAAGAACCACCCACCGGCUCCGAACGUGGACCUGUACGUCAUUUUCGACAUGGACGGUAGCGAACAAGAACUUCUGGAGGCCAAGGAAGUAGUGGUGAACCUAAGGUCGCUAGAGCACUUGGCUGACAACCUGGCCCCCAUGGGAACGAACAGGGUUGCCCUCAACAUCUCCGACAACCGGAGGAAUACCUCGACGUCUGUCUUUGACUUGGGACAGGAGUUCAACCCGGGGGGGUUUGCCUUCAAGCUGCUCAAAACGGAUUUCAGAAACGUCAGUUCGAGUUUUGACUUCGGGGACGCCAUGGCGCAAGUCCGUCGCCGGUUCCAGGAGGAACGCAAGUUCGAGCGGGACCAAAACCUGGGCGGGACGAACGGCAAGGUCGUCCUCUUCGUCGUGCCGAGCAGCGAGCCCGAGUCUAGUGACAAGGGCGUGUUGACGCUGGAGAAGAUGGUUCGGGAUUUCAUCAAAGACUUUCCCGAUAUUCGUCUCAACAAGCAGUGCUUUCUGCGACCGACCCUGGCUAAACGCUUCUGUGGGUGGACACAGCGGAUGGUAUACCCGGGAUGCGGCCAGAGCAUCAGCGACGGGAAAGACAACAUCUUCAGGGGACUCCUCGUCCCGGGGACCACACGGUAUAUGAUGUACCAUGGCUCCUGGUUGAAUGGCAGUGAUAAUCUCGUAUUCAAGGUUAAAGCGCACGACUCAACCAGCAACCUCACCGUGUGCUGGGGUCGCUACGUCCUCGACUUCGGUCGACUGCAGCCCGAGGAAGAUGGCUGCGGAAACACGUCGGAUGCGAAGAGGGACAAGAAGGUCAUGAUCGAAUUGAAGCACCCAUGCAGCCGGAACCGGGAGUGCGACCCCAUCUACAUAUCGGUCCGAGUCGCCAACGACUUCCAUCCCAGCAAGGAGCCCGUCUGCCUCGGUAAUGCCGUCGCAUGCCACUUCCCCGACCAGAUUCGGUACUCAGUGCGACACACCGGAAUGAAAUGCAAAUGACCGUCUCUCAUCUACAUAUUAGGAAGUUAACCUCAGCCGUGUAUAAUACACUAAUCGAUGCUUACCUCCACAUGAACAGUGCAGGCAGGAAAUUCAUGCAUUAAACUCCUUUGUUUUAAAAUGUUGCGGGUUACUCGGACUGAAAUAACCCUGGUGCCAUUUGAAUGAGUCCCGUUGGAAUGAACCCCACGGAAUAAGUAUUGUACAUAUACAGUGCAUUCAGAGAAGUCG